AGUGGCUAGAAAAGCUAGACUCCUGUAUACUUCGAUACCAAUCUUAUUUCAUGAGAGAGCUUUUCUAGCUGUCACUGCUUUCUGAAUCUGAUGCCUUUCCCUGUAUUUGUGUGUUUUCCUUGUGAUGUAUAAUUCUUUUCCUUUGUCUGUUCCAAUGUCAAGCUGGCUUAAAAGCUUUGUUGCUUGAAGAUUGCUAAUGCUAUAAAUUAACAACAAAACAUCAGCCAUCUGUAUCUUCAGGUUAUAGGUUUCUCAUUUAGUCAAAAUUUGCAUUAAAGAGAGCUCUGUACUAUCAAUACGUUAUGGCAAAUCAACCCAGUCAAUCUCGUCCUUGGUCCCGUUUGUAUUCAAUAGCCCGUCCAGCUCCUCCUGAAUCUAUCCCAACUCCACCAGCCGCCCCUGAGUCGGCUCCUGGCCAGCCUCGUGCAGUUCUUGCUCGACCUUCAUUGAGGCCAGUUCCUCAGCCUACACUUCCAACGAGACCUCAAGAACCCACACAGGCACCGCAACCACCUGUUGCCACAGUGCCACCACCCGUUGCUGCUCCGCCACCUGCUACACCUACUCAAAGAUCCCCUGCGAAACCAAGUGGUGGUGGUGGUGUAGCAUCAGUACCAUCAUCCCCAGUACUAAGGGCCUCUGUUCCUACUGCUUCAUUGCCUAAAUCUCCAGUCCAAACCGCCACGGCAGUUGGUCCUGUGACUACCUCUAGUUCGGUACAAUCAUCACCUAGGCCCAGAGUUUCAGCUCCUACAUCCUCACUUCCAUCUUCUCCUGUCCUAAAACCAACUCAGACAUUUUCUGUCCCAACUUCCCCAGCGACCAAGCCGAUGCCAACGACAGUUUCUCUCCCAACUUCCCCUGCGACCAAGCCAAUGCCAACGACAGUUUCUGUCCCAACUUCCCCUGCGACCAAGCCAAUGCCAACGACAGUUUCUGUCCCAACUUCACCUCUUCCUAAACCAGCACCAGCAACCUCGUCAGUGCCAACUUCUCCAGCCAACAGAGCCGUGUCUACCACCACCACCGCUACCUCCACAGCUCGUGUUCCUAGCCCUGUACAAUAUCCAAGAACCAUAAAUCCUGUUGUUCAAAGCCCACCUCGGUCACCUAAGCUUAAUCCUACAGCUCCACCACCUUCUCCUUUAAUCCUACCACCUGCCAAGAUAAAAUCUGAUGCAGAAACCGAGGCUAAAAUUCCAUUAGUGGCAGAGCAGAAAACAGUGGUGGUUCAAAAGACUAUCGAUAAACCUAAACCCUGGCUUACUAAUGGUGGUAACUCGGAGAGAGAUCUUGUAAAUGCUGUCAAGUCCAGCAUUGGACUUAAUGGGAAGCAAGAAACUACAAAAGAUCACGGAGAAACAAAAGAGAAGGUUCUCCACAAGAAGAUAUUUUCAGGUUCCGAAGAUGGAGGCAUGAGGGUUAUCACAGUUGCUGGUGAAAAUAAAGGUGCAUUUAUGGAAGUAAUUCGUUCUCCAAAUAAGAAACACGUGUUUGAAGGCAGUCCUCAUCAUCUCCACAAGAAAGACAAUGAUCCAAAAAGUGAUGGAAUCAAAUGGAUAAGCUAUAGCAGCAACGGUAGCAGCAGCGAAGGAGAAGGGAAACCGAAAAUGAAGGACAAAAACCACAAAGGUAAAGGAAUGAACUCACUUCCAAUGACUGCAUUUAUGAACAGUAAUGUUCAGGGUGUUAAUAACUCAAUCGUAUACAAUUCCUCCUGCACUCACCAUGAUCCUGGAGUGCAUCUUGCCCUCUCUAGAAAAUCAGCUGGUGGUGGAUUCCACGUUAAGGACCGUAGCAAUGGCCACUGAAAUUCAAUGAGACAGUACAAUCACGAAUAUAUGAUAUGAUAAUAAUUAUUAAGCAUAACGCAUUGAGUGAUUUAUGAGAUAAAAAGCAAAAAAAAAAAAAAAAAAAAAUGGAUUGGACUCUGAUAUAUUGUACAUUUGUUAUGUUCCACUUUCAGUGGUGUACAAUUGAAGGUUGUCCAUUCUCCUAUUUAAGGGGUUGAGUUUGAUACUUAAUUUUCAUAAAUUGGAAUCUGUAAUAAAUUAAGAGUUGCAUUUGCAAUUGCGACUUUAUUAUAUUUUACAAGUUGGGGACAAUCAUCCAACUUCAUUUCCUAAGGUAUAUAUGCCCUUCUUUUUCCU